AGAGAGCGUGGGCUGGAGCGAGGCCUGACAGGCAAGCGUAGAUAAGAACCCCGCGCCGUGUAAUCGUCACCAAGGCAGCCUUAAGGGGCUGUCAGGCAGUGCAUCAUAAUAGCGCCUGCCUCGGUUGGAAGAAAUCGUAGUCCUUUCCCCGCUUCUUAUAGGCAAUCAAGUCAUUCAGGCCGAGCGUGGCGGGAACCGCAAAGCGCCUGGGCCGCUGAACGGGCGAGAGGCGGCGAAACCCUGCCAGCUACUGUCAAGGGGGGCCGUAGCGGCGCGCCUGGAGAGGGUGCCGCCGCUUUCGCCCGCUGAGCCCGGACCACCCGCCCCCCUUUUAGACGCCGAAAGCCAAGGCAAGGGUUGCUCGACGGAACCCUCUCCGCCGGCCUCCCCCUACCGAACGUGAAGGGGAGAUUUCCGCCGCCACCUUAAACGAGCUCUUGGUCGCCGCCACCCGCGCGCCCUCAGCCUCUCUGAGGGCUGGCUGGGCACGGCGACAAAGCACCCAACCCUCCGCCGGCAAGGAGAAGGCAAAUGUUUGCUCGUGGAGUCGCGAAAGGCCGUCCACUUGGGGCAUUGUCUGCAGGGGCUCCAUAGCAACCCAGCCCCGCUUCGCAGGAAGACCACAGGAACUCAGGCAAAGAGAGAGAGAGAGCGAGAGCGAGCAAGGCUCUCUAUUCGUGGACACCCGACGCUGGGAUUUAGGCUCGUCGCCGAGGCCCUCCCCGCCUUCCCGCUUGCUUCCCCCCUCCCCGAAGAAAAUGAGGCUUUAAGUCAGGCCUCGGGGCCAGGGUUCACGGACGCCACCGAACCAGUGCGAGCAUCUUCACCAUGCGAGAGAAGAGGCUUACCACCGUACCUCCAUGUAUAAGAGAAGAUGAAUUUGAAGAUUAUUUAGCCACUGACGAUAUACUUGUAGACUUCUUUAAUGAAUUCUUAAGUCUCCCAAUUUUUGCAGAAUCGAUUAAAUUUAACCCCGAUUUUGGAAUUUUUGAAGUGGCUACCGACACUCCACAACGUAUGGAAAACCAGCUCAGAAAGAUGCUGUAUGAACAGAAACCAAGGAAACCUAUUUAUGAUGUUACAAAGCCAGCAAGGUCAGAAACCCCGCUUUCUAAAGACAGCAGUCCUCCUCCUCUACCACAAAUUGUAGAUUUUGAUCUAAAUUACAAAACAAUGUGUUUGGACCGAGAACAGGCCAUUGAGUGGAUUAAAAAGGAAAGAUUGCCAGCGUUUUUAGAGAGUGAUUGUUACUUUGAAUACAGGUUGGCUAAACUGAUAUCACAGGUAGAGUGGAGCAAAACCGGUGUCAAUUUUGUUGUAGACAAAAAAUAUUACCCUUGGUUCACAAAAAGUCCACCACCAAUAGAACCCUUUGAAGAAAAUGAAGAUGAUUUGAUUAUGAAAAAGUUCUAUGUCUCUCUGGGCCAGGCUACUGUCACCCAGACACAGGAUUGGUUCACUCUAGCAAAGCAAAGCCAGAAUAUGAUCACUACAGAUUCUAUUACCCGCCCUCUGUCAUCAUCCCAUGUUCGUUUUUCUUUUGAGCCUUCAAAGGUGUCGUCUUCAUAUUUAGAUUUCAGGUCCCAAGAAGUGGUGCCUAACAUUUCUUCUACUAUUCUCAAUGCAGAUAUUUAUAGUAGUCACUUAGAACUGGAUUCUAGGAUUAAGAGGAAGCAUAGUCAAACUGAUUUCCGUCUUCCUCAGCGGGCAGCAGUCAGGAGAAGUAUAGAUGAAGGCAAUUCUUUGUCAGUUCCUGAUACUCCUUCACACACCAUUUUAAGAGCAUAUUUAGAGCAGAGCUGGGAUUCUGUUCCUCAAGUGGAAAUGAGUGGAGACCUUGCUCAGUAUCAAGAACUGGCAUAUUUUCGAACUGUGGAUGAGUUUUCAUUAGCUUAUGCGCAGUAUAUCCUGAAGAACUCUAUUGCAGUACUCACUGGGGAGCCUCCUGAAGCCGACCCAACUGAUGUCAACUUCAGCAGAGUGUCAAGAGUGUUUAUAUGCGAGAUAGAAAAUGUUCAACCUUUCAUGGAGCCGCUCCCACAACAACCUCCAAUCCCUGGUGAUGAUAUAAUGGAAAGGGGGAGUGAAAUCAGUGUGAAAUCCGAGAAGGAUAAUUCUGAAGCCAGGGCUGCCUGGUGUAUGGGCCACAAGAUGUAUGAUAUUGGUAACAGACAUGAGUUUGAAAGGUUCAAGAGGUUCAUCAGAGGAACUUUGGGGGAAAGAUACUGGUGGCUCUGGAUGGACAUUGAAAGACUGAAGGUCCUGAGAGAUCCUAAAAGGAAAAAAAGACAGCUUGAUAGAAUGAAAAAAAUAUACCUAGCCAGCAAUGGAGAUUAUUUCCUCACCUCUGAAGUUUUACAUAAACUGAACUUGGAGGAUGGAGACCAGUGGAACACACGUAACCUACAGCGCAUUCAGUCGGAAGUAGUGAAACCUUUGCUUCUCUACUGGGGUCCCAGGUUUUGUGUUAUUCAUACAGCUGCCAUACAGGCCACAGCUGCAAAGCUGAAAAUCUGGCAUUCUCGACAGCAGAAACCACGGAUGGAUGUGGAUCCUUUCCCACAGAUGGUGUCACUUCUGCCAUUGAGAGCUAAGUCCUGCAUGCCAAAAAUAGCACAUUCACAUCAACAGAGAGGAGAAAUAGGAUCACCCUCACCUCUGUCAAAAGCAGCUCUGUUAGAAUUACAUUCCCAGAGGCCUCCCAGGCUGCUAUCAGCCGUUUUACCCCGGAGUCAAAGUGCUGUUCAGGAAGAUCCGGAUGCCUUCAUCGGUUUAUCGGAUGUCUGUAGAAAACGACCAGCAACAGUGUGUAGCAAUGUGACUCACCAGACAGAAUUUACUGACAAAAUGGAUUAUCUGAAACCACACCUAGAUAGAAAAUACACCUAUGCAGAAGUAAUCCCGGGUAAAACAUCCCCAGAGGUUUUUGAACUAGGAAGUUCCAAAAUGGAGAGAAUGUUGCAGUCCCUUAACACAGAAAACAGAGCAGGCUACAUUUUCACAGAAUUCUGCGAGAAGUCCGGAAAUAAACUAUGGAAGAACAGUGCAUACUUUUGGUUUGACCUGCAGGAUUAUCAUCAACUUUUCUAUCAAGAAACCCUCCAUCCUUUGAAACUAUGCAAGCAAGCUCAAUUCCUGUAUGCAAACUACAUUGCUCCUUCUGCCAGUAUGGAUAUUGGACUAGAACAGACUGUAAAACAUGAGAUUUAUCAGAAAAUUGAGCCACCGUUUGAAGACCUUUUUGAUCCAUCAGAAGAAUACAUCUUGACUCUUCUCUUGGUUCCAUGGAUGAGUAUGGUGCAACAAGACAGAGAUAUUUAUGGGAAGGUGGAGCUGGUGGAAGAAACCCGACAGCUGGACUCAGUGUACUUCAAAAAGCUGCAUGCUUUGCAUGAAGAGAACAUUUCCAAGAAGGGUGAGGUUGGGGCUGUUGGAGCAGACAAAAUCUCAGAGCGUUCAGAUUCUGCUAAAGCUACAGAAUACCCAAGUCAAGUCCUCUCUGAAGAAGUUGUGCCAUACAGAAUUGCUGAAUUGUUGCACAAUAGACUGGAAAUGGAGCAAUUCCGAUUCUUUCUUGAACAACAGUCUUCAAGUGCAGACCUCAUGUGCUGGAUAGACAUUGAGCAGUUCAGGAGGAUGCUUCACAAAAAUAAACCACAGCGAGAAGAAAAAGCUAAAGAAAUAAAAAAUAAAUACCUAAAUAAGAAAUACUUCUUUGGACCCAACAGCCCAGCUACAAAAGAGCAACAGGAGCAGAUAAUGAAAUUAGGUGGAGGCUGGGGACAGGUGCUACAUGAACAAGUUAGCCCCGUGGUCCUGUUGGAAGUUCAAAAACGUGCUCAGGAGAGACUGGAGAAGAAGUGGCUGCCCUUAUUUUAUGCCCACGAAGAGUCAGAACCACGAAAGAAACCAAAGCCACACCUACGAGAUGCUGCAGAAGAUAUCUUAAUUCAGAGACAUGAGAAGAAAACAGAACCAUGGAAGCAUGCAGACAAUAAGUGGGUUUCUUCAUCACAGGAAAUCAUUACUUUCCGCAAAGCCCUGUUGAAUCCCAUCACAGCCUUUCAGUUUCAGCGUUUUGUGUCACUGAAAGGAGAUUUACUGGAGAAUGGAGUGCUCUUCUGGCAGGAGGUGCAGAAAUAUAAGGAUAUGUGCCAUUCCCACUGUGAUGAUGUCAUGAUCCAGAAUAAGAUCACAACGAUCAUCAACUGUUUCAUCAAUUCUGCCAUUCCACCAGCAAUUCAAAUUGACAUACCUGAAGAGCAAGCCCAAAAGAUAAUUGAGCACAGGAGAAAACUGGGCCCUUAUGUGUUCAGAGAGGCACAAAUGACUAUUUUUGCACUUCUUUUUAAAUUCUGGCCACAAUUUUGUGAGUUCCGAGGCAAUUUAGCUGAUGAGAAGAUUUUGCCUCUUUUGGACAAGAAAAGAGAAAAAAAGCUGCAAAAAAUGAAAAGAGCAAGAGAAGCAGAAGAAAAGACACAAAUGAAGAAAUAUGCUAUGUCUGCAAAGACAGGAAGUACAGGUCUUGAGUCUAGACGAACAAGCAAAAGUGAACUUUCAUCUACACCCAGUUUUUCUGGAUAUGGCCGACAGCUUUCCUGGACUUAUUCAAAAUAUCUAGAAGCUCUCCAGCAAGAAAGAGUUCUCCUAAAGAUUCAAGACGAUCUGGAGAAAAAAUCAAUAGCAUCAUCAGCUUAUACAGGUCUCUCAUCCAUUCUUACAUUGAAGAGUGAUCAUCCAGUACUGCCAGAAAGACCUACUCACACACCAGCCUUUACCUCAGCUUUUGUGAGGCAACAUCAAUAUCCACCGAAAGACAAUGAAAGAACUUCAAGACCUUAAAUAAGAAAUGUGAUGAAGAAAUCUUGGAUUUGAAGCAGCGCUAGGAACCGUCUACAGUUGAAAUAAACUAAUGAGGGCCAGUGGCUUGCACUAAUACUCAGGAUUAAUGAUCAUCUUCUGAUAGAGCUGUCAAGAAUGGAGAAAUCCUGUUCUUGCUAUUCUCCCUCACCCCACCCACACCCUCUUUGGGAAGGAAGGAUUGUCCAUCAACAUGAUCACAAAGUAGAAAUGGGGACAAACUGCCAAAAUGGUGGUUCGUCUUGGUUUGUGGUUCAUCAAAAUUGACAAACCACAUAAUUACUAAUGUUUUACCCAUAGC